AUGCCGGCGGCGCGCCCCUCCUGGAGGCCCGCUGCGGGGCGGCUGCUGCUGCUGCUUCUCUUCCUGCUCCUGCUGGCCACGCCGGGCGCGGAGAGCGGCUGUGCUAAACUGGGGCGCUGCUGCGCGGGCAGAAGCAUGGCGUGUGUGAGCGCCGGCUGGAGACCCGACGGAUCCCACGGGCCCUGCUACUGCGACCAGGCGUGUCCUUACACUUUGGACUGCUGCCACGACUACCGGCAGGUGUGCCCAGUGGUCCCUUGCGUGGUCUCUGAUUGGAGUGAGUGGAGCGGCUGUGCAGAGCCUUGCAAAGCGACAUACCGUGUCCGAAAGAGGCGCAUAAUCCGGGAGCCAAGGAAUGGUGGCGAAGCGUGCCCUCCUCUGGAGGAGAAGGCGGGCUGUUUGGAGUAUUGGACCUGGCAAGGGACAGAGUGCAAGCAGUCCUUCAUCCCGGCGUUAAUAACCACUGGAGGCUAUGGGAAAGCAAGAAAAAAGCGUGCUGUGUCCAACAAGAACGAAAGAACUGGAUAUUGUGUCGAAUUUCAGCUCACAGCCAUCACAGAGGGAUGCCUGCACGGGAACAGCUCAUAUACCCAUUGGAUGAAGUAUCUCAGUGAAGGGCACACAGUGUGUGUGGAGUGCCAGCAUCCAGCUCUGGAUUCCAGGAGUCUGCACUGCUCUGGGGAUGGCAGUGGCGCCAAAAGGAACCAGCUAUUACACUGGCAGGCUGUGGGGAAUCCAAGGUGUAGAGGGACCUGGAAGAAAGUUCGCCAACUGGACACUUGCUCUUGUCCUUCUGUUCACAGCUUCUUGUUCAUCUGACUUCCACAUAAUUGCCCCUCUGCCUUGAGCCUUCACUUCCUUGCCAGUUCUCAUUUGCAAAGGUUCAACUAUGAAGUGAGACAACUGGGCUGCUGACCGAUACAUUCUAAGAUCAGGGGCACGGCUGCUUUCAAGAUCCAUCGUCUGGUGCUAGAGGACAUUCUUUGGAUGUCUAAUGCCCGAGCUUAAGUUCCUGGUAUUUUUAUUUUAAAGAAUCUGGAGUAGCAGGAUUUAAAGAGUGACCUAUGCACGAGAGAUACAGGACGAUAACUCUUGAGACCUGCUGACAGACCGUGUUGAGAAGUGAUGAAUAGACGUGGACAAACUUGCCCCUGCUCAAACUUAGGUCGAUUUGGAAAUGUGCUGAGUUAUUUCCCAAAAAAUUGGAAAUAACUUUUCUCAUAUUCUGAGCUUUGUAUGUCAUUCACCCAGCCUUUUUGACAACCCCCCUUUUUAAUACAGUUUAUCGCUUUGGGGCAGCAAUGGUGAUGCUUCAGAAGGAGUGAGGCGGUUUAAGAGGGAGCAAAGGAGAUCUCAUCUUUUCCACUUCCUCCAACUCUCCAACACACUCAUUAUGAGCAGAGGGAGGAAAAGUCCCAUUGGCCACUGGGAAAUGUAGUUUGAGGGGCAUAAACUGGGAUUUCUUCUGCUCAGAUUUAAUCCAAGCCAGAGAAGAAUUUGGGGGCUUGUAAAGUUCACCCAUCAUUUGAGGCAGACUUUUACAACUCCCCACAGCUUAAAAAGCCGCACCUGAACUUGGAGAACUUUGGAGGCUUUGCCAGUGUUCAAGCAAAUUCUGCACAUCCAGAGGAAAAAGCACUGAACUGAGCAUAGAACUCUGGUUCCUGAGAAUCUCCAACUUUCAUUAUUUUAUUUUAUUGUAUUAAAACGUGUGGCUAGUCCUCAUGGCUGCUGCAAAGAUAUGCCCAGAACGAUGGGGGCAGUGCUUCCUGAAAUGUCAGAUGCUAGAGUGGGGCAGUUGAACAUAAUUUCCAAGGGACUGGGCUUCAGUGCCUUGCAUAGUUCCCUUCUUUCCCUUCAUGUAGCAGAAGCAGAAUCAAUUUACACAAAACAAGACCAAAAUGCCUAUCAUUGCGUAAUUUACACUAGUCACAAAUUUUAGGUGUGUGUGUGUGUGUGUGUGUGCGCACGAGCGCCCUUUUUCCCCAUGUAGAAUUUACGCACAGCCUUGCUCGUGCUCAACUGAACGGAUGGACUGACCUGACUGUCUACAGAAGUUAGCUGCUUUCUUUGCAAAAAUGGAAAGCAUUGCUGCUGGUUUCCCUACCUCCUGCCCUCCUACCCACCCGGAAGAACCAGCGGAGACUGGUGGCUGCUCUGUCAGUGGGGCGGUGAAUCCACUCUGGGUUUCAGUCAGAACUCUAAAGGAGCUAUCCAACGUGUACCUUGGUGAUUCUGGCUGAUUCUGAUUGAAACUCGGAGCAGAUUCAGCACUCCACUGACAUCAGAGCCACCAGCCUCCGCUACCAAGGACUCAGUCCUUAAAACUAUGCACAAAGAAGCUGUUUCCAACCCUUUCCUGGCAGGUUAUUGCAAGUUUUAGGAAGUAAUUUAGAUCAGGAAAGCAGUAUGCAGGGGAAGGUUAAAUGCCCUGUGCUCCACUUAACAGCUCCCCCCACCACAGUUGGUUAAGGCGGAAACAAAAGCAGUGAGCGAUCCAGUUGCAGAGUGUCUGCCUAAUAGGUAUUUUAACUCAUUGUCUUCAUGUAUGUUUCUUAAUCCUGGGCGAAGACUCCGUGGUUAUUUGUUUGGCAAAGUAAUGAAAGAUGCCCUUAGAUUAGUUUGUGCUGAGUGGUGCAAUUUUACAGACCACUGAAACAUCUCUGUGAAGCUU